AUGCCUAUUGCAAAAAUUGGGGGUCACAAAGCUUCCACUAAAAGUGAAGUAUUCGAUGGUUCAUCACAUGAAUUUUCUUCAAAUGAAAUCUCUUCAAAUGAAAAGAAAAACGCUAAUGAAGUUGUAACUUUAAGAUCUGUUGAUUCAACUUCUUCAGAAGAAUCUUUACUUUCAAAAAAUCCUUUCUUAGAUCCAAAGGUUGAAGAAUACUACCGUGAAGUUUAUCAAGCAGCUCAUUAUGAAAGUUACAAAGCAUUUGAUCCAACUUUCACCUGGACUCCAGAAGAAGAAACCAAAUUAGUCAGAAAAUUAAACUAUAGAGUCGCUUUAACAGCCUGUCUUCUAUUUGUCAGUUUACAAGUUGACAGAGGUAAUUUGGCCCAAGCUGUUACAGAUAAUAUGCUUCCCGAGCUUGGUUUAAAUACCAAUGAUUACAAUACUGGUAACACUAUUUUCUUAAUCGCUUUCUUAUUAGCCGAAGUGCCAUCACAAUUAAUUUCUAAAAAGCUUGGUCCUGAUAUUUUCAUUCCAAUCCAAAUUUGUCUUUGGAGUAUUAUUGCUGCUUCUCAAGCUGCCUUGCAAGGUAAAGCUUCGUUCUAUGCUACCAGAGCUUUAAUUGGUUUAUUAGAAGGUGGUUUUAUUGCUGAUUUAGUUUUAUGGUUGAGUUAUUUCUUCACUUCUAGAGAAUUAUCUACUAGAUUAUCUUGGUUUUGGGUUACUUUGUCUCUUGUUGGUAUUUUCACCUCCUUGUUAGCAUUCGGUAUAUUAAGAUUAGGUGGUAAAGGUGGUUUAGAAGGUUGGAGAUGGUUAUUCUUAAUUGAAGGUUUAUUCACUUUAAUCCUUGGUGUCUUGUCUUUCUAUCUAAUGGUUCCUUCUGCUGUACAAACCAAGAGUAAGUUACAUCCAAAGGGUUGGUUUACUGAAAGAGAGGAGAAGAUUGUUGUUAACAGAGUUUUAAGAGAUGAUCCAAGUAAGGGUACUAUGCACAAUCGUCAAGCUUUGAGUAUUAAAAUGAUUUUCAAGAGUAUAAUGGAUUACGAUCUUUGGCCUGUCUAUGCUAUUGGUAUUUAUGCCUAUAUUGGUCAAAGUACUUUUGGUUCUUAUUUUGGUCUUUUAAACAAACAAUUAGGUUUCAGUACUUUCACCACUCAAGUUUUAAACAUUCCAACCAAUAUUGUUCAUAUUGUUUUAUUGUUGUUUAUUACCUGGCUUUCAGAAUUUGUUAAGGAAAGAUCACUUGUUUGUAUUCUUGCUCCACUUUAUUCCACCCCAUUUAUUGCUAUUAUCAGAUGGUGGCCAGGUUCGGGUAAGGAAAAAUGGCCAUCAUAUGUUUUGAACACCUUAUUUUCCGGUCAACCAUAUAUUCAUGCUAUUUGUGUCUCUUGGGUUUCUCGUAACUCCAACUCAGUCAGAACCAGAUCCAUCAGUUCUGCUGUUUAUAAUAUGUUCGUGCAAUUAGGUAACAUUGCUGCUAACAAUAUUUAUAGAAAGGAUGAUUUACCACUUUACCACAGAGGUAACACUCAAUUAUUCAUCAUCACUGUUACUUUAAUCCCAUUAUUAUUUUUAACUAAAGGUUACUAUAUCUGGAGAAACAAUUCUAGAGAUAAGAUAUGGAAUGCCAUGACUCCAGAAGAAAGAGAAGACUAUAUUAAAAAUACCACUGAUGAAGGUAACAAGAGAUUGGAUUUCAGAUUUGACCAUUGA